AUGAGGGCCAAACGCUCCAAGAAAUAUCGCAAGCUCAUGCAUCAGUAUGAGAUGGCAUUUGGCUUCCGCGAACCAUAUCAAGUCUUGGUUGACUCGAAUUUCCUUCGCGCUGUCCACUCAUUCAAGAUGGAACUGAUUCCUGCUCUUGAACGUACACUGCAAGGAAAAGUCAAACCAUUAUUGACAAAAUGCUCCCUGGCAGCCAUCAUGGCAUCUCAACCUAUCAACCCAAGAACCAACAAUCCCUACCGCCCAAUGUACCUCCCUCCACCCACGAUCCUCCCAUUGCGACACUGCUCGCACAACGAAGACUCAACACCUAUUGACGAAGUGGAAUGCUUGCUUUCAUUACUGUCACCUUCCAAGGAAGUCAAGCGGAAUAAAGAGCACUAUACUCUUGCUACUGCAGACCCUCCUGCCCCCGACAAGGCCGACUCUGGUGAUGGAAAGAAGAGAAAGCGAGGUGAUGACCAGGCACGGGAUGCGCUGCGACGGGCUCAGAAGUUGCGUAUUGGGGCCCGAUCUAUCCCCGGUGUACCGAUUGUUUACGUGAAACGGUCCGUCAUGAUUCUCGAACCAAUGAGCACGCCAUCCGAAGAAGUACGAGACGGGAUUGAAAACAGCAAAUUCCGGGCAGGGUUGAAUGAUGAAGCAGUUUUAGGCAAGAGAAAGCGGACCGAGGACGGUGAGGAGAAGAAGAAGAAGAAGAAGAGUGGGCCGAAGAAGGCCAGAGGGCCUAAUCCCUUGAGUGUGAAGAAACCCAAGAAGAAAACAGCAGAAACGGCUAGUGGACCGAAACAAGAGAAGCGGAAGGAACAGAAAUCAGACGAGGCGCCGGACAGGACAAAUGAUGAAGGCGAAUCAAGCGCACCCAAACCGAAGAGAAGACGGCGCCACCAUAAGAGUUUCAAGGGGGAUGGAAAUGAUGACUACGCCGGUGAGCCCUCAAACGGGGCGGAGGCUGGAACGGUUCCGAACGAAUAA